GACGAGGAGAGAAACCACACAAAUCUCCAUCAGGCAGCUGACAACAAGACACCACAGAAGAAGAAAAGAAGAAGAAGAAGAAGAGUUUGCAGAAUGUGUCCUGUGUGGCUUUUGGUGGCUGUGGUGGUUGUGGGCCGGGCCAGAGGAGCUGUCAGUCAGUGCUGGGAGCACCCGAGCUGUCAGGAUCUGAACUCUGAGAGCAGCAUGAUGGACUGCAUCCAGCUGUGCCGCUCCGACCUCACCGCUGAGACCCCUGUCAUCCCUGGCGACGCCCACCUCCAACCUCCACCAGAGGACUCCGCCUCCUCCACAGUCCCCUCCUCCUCCUCGUCUCCUCAGACCAAACGCUCCUACUCCAUGGAGCACUUCCGCUGGGGGAAGCCCGUCGGCCGCAAACGCCGCCCGGUCAAAGUGUACACGUCUAACGGCGUGGAGGAGGAGUCGGACGAGGUUUUCCCUGAACAGAUGAAGAGGAGGGACCUGGUUAGUGAGCUGUUGGCAGCGGCGGCAGCGGAGGAGGAGGAGGAGAAGGAGAAUAAGUUGCAGGAGGUGAUGGAGGAGGAGGAGCAGCAGCAGCAGCUCCUGGACAAGAAGGACGGCACCUACAAGAUGAAACACUUCCGCUGGAGCGGCCCGCCGGAAAGCAAACGCUACGGCGGCUUCAUGAAGAGCUGGGAGGAGCGCAGCCAGAGGCCUCUGCUCACGCUCUUCAAAACCGUCAUCAACAAAGACGCCCAGCAGAAGAAGUGAGGAGACUGUUUCCUCAGACAGGCAGCGGCCAAUAGGAAGCUCUGAAACUGCCGACUGUGACCCUGAAUGACUG